AUGUACAUUGUGGUUUCUGUUACGGUAUUUGCUGGAGGUCUGGAAGUAUAUCACACUGUGCGGAACUACAACAAAACUAAUAAAAUUAUUAACAAAAUAUUAUUUAUUGGUAUACCAUUAAUCUUUCUUAAUGCAGCUAUUCUGGGCUUUAUUGCCACAUGUUUGGAUAACAUAUGUCUUCUUUGUCCACUUCUAACCAUUUUUACAAUUUUACUACCACUAAUUAUUGCAUCCAACGUACUCUUCUAUAUAAAUUGCAUGUCCCAAUCGGAAUGUAAAGGUGAUGCAAUGAGUAUUGCUACUACAACAGUUAUCUUUAUUGUUAGUGUAAUCAUUUGCAUGUCCACAAUGCUAAUUGUUUAUCGCUAUUAUCGUCAUAUAGCGCAAUAA